UUUUUUUCAUACCAAACCUUCAAAAUUCAGUGUGUAUUUUAAUCUCAGUUUGGACCAGCCACAUUUCAAGUGCUCAGUAGCCACAUGUGGCUAGUGGCUUCUGUAUUAGACAGUGCAGGUCUAGAUUGAAAAAAGUAGUAUUUGAGGCUGGGCAAGAAUGUUCUUGUAAGAAGUAUGAUAGGAUACAUACAUUAUAAGCAUCAUUAUUUUAUGAUAUAUGUAUAUUCUCCAUUGUCUAUGGUUUCCCCUAAUAUUUAGAGAAGCUUUUGAAAUUCCAGUGCUUCUCAGUAUUCUGUGAAUCCUUCCUGCAAUGCUACGAAGAGAUUUUCAAGAGAAAGCAGCUCAUCUCCGUGCCCACUCGUCCCCACCCCUAAUCCUAAGAGGAAGUAAAAUUAUUAGCACAGAGCCCCUCCCUACUUGGAGAGCCCCUCCCAAAGCUCGUCGUGAAAUCUCUAGAUUUCAUUUUAGAAGGAAAUUGCUUUAAUUUAAUUUAAAAAUUUUAAAUUAAAUUUAAAUUUUAGUUUACAAAAUAGGAUCACUCUAUCACACUCUUGAGUGUGAAAUAUUGGAGAGUAUUAUGGUGAUAACCAACUGGCACUCACCAGUUCCUGGAACUUAGAAUUUAAUUCUAGGUACUUAUCUAUACUAUCAGAAGGCUGCUUCUUUCCCUGGGGGGCUCAAGUAGUUCCCGAAGAGACCAUGUCUUUUCAGGUGGCAGCAGAAUAUGAACUUGGGGAGUAGCCCGCCCUUCUCAGGAGGCCUAGUUUAUGCUGCUGUGCAUAAAUCAAGAUUAGUUUUAAGGGGUGAUUUUUUUCUGAAGAAGAAGAGAUUUAAAGUUAUGUAGAGGCAACAAAGCUUUCUAAGAAUAUUUUUGGCAGGCCGAUAAAGAUUUAAAAAAAAGAAAAGAUACAGGCCCUGGGAGAGUGGUGGUAGCCGUUGGGACACCAGCCAGAGAUUGAUGCUCACAAACUGGGGGAGACAAUGAGCCUUUACUGUUACUAUUCAAAAUGCUGUUCACAUUCUUUUAUCGUCAACUGAAACUAUUUCACUUUCAAGGUCUAGGCCAGUGGGCGGUGGGGUGAGGGAAGGCUUUUGCGGCGGGCCUGCCUUCCAAGCGGGCAGCCGGGAGAAAUGUCCAGUGUCCCGGUGGGCCAGUCCUCUCCCCUCAGGGCGAAGGGAGGCCAGGGAGUAGGGCGGAGAGCAGGGGUCGCGUCACCAAGGUUUCCCGGCUGUCAGUCUCCCAUAGUCCCCAGCUUUCCAGGUAGGGACGCCCCCUCCCACGCAGCGCGGAUCGGGCGGGUGGGAAGGAGGGGCUGGGCUCCGAGCGCCCGCCCCUCCAUCUAUCACAUGGCCGGAGAGCCACAAAAACAACAGCUUUGGCCAGGACCCUGGCUCCAGGAAAGGGAACCCAGGGCUCUUGCGACCAGCCCCCACCCAAUGGAGGAGAGUUUUCUUGAAUCCUUUGGGAGGCUGAGCCUCCGGCAGCAGCAGCAGCAGCCGCCGCCUCGGCCGCCGGCCCCGCCGCCCCCGCGUUUUAAACCGGAGCGGAGAAACGGGGGCCUGGGGUCGGGGGCCGGGCCAGUUGAGGCAGCCCUGCGUGUGCUUUGGCUGAGAAAGUGCACAGGUGCCUGGGGGAGGGGGUCGCGCGGUCGCCGCAGGCCGUCAUUGACACAGCCUGGCUACGGGAGCGCAAAUUCAUUUACUCGUGAAUUGCGUCAUCGGCCUCCGAACCGGGUCAGAGCAAAAUUAUGCGGGCUUGUUGCUGGGGCCACCUUGCUAGGCCCGCAGCUGCAGCCUCAACUCCGACUUCUGCCCUGCACUUGUUCCUACAGCGUUGAACUGUUUCUCUCCUUGCCUUUGCUGACUCUGUUCCUGAUUGACAUUUGGCUAAACGGAAGACACCGGAUGAGAGACCAGCUUAUUAAAGAACACCUCCCUAGGGACGACUGGAGUGAGCACUGGCAUGGGAGUCCGAAUGUGCCUUUAGAUCCUCUUCAUUACAAAAUAGUUGGUGACUUUGGGCAAUCACCCACCUUUUCUGGGACUUACUUUCCUUUCAUGUGACUACUAAGAAGUGAUUAGGUUAGAAGAUUUAUUGACGAUCUUUCUAGCUCUUAAUUUCCAGUUGUAGGACUUAAAAAUGUUUUGUUAUUACUGGCUAGGUAAAGAACUCUGACCCCAGAGUCAAUUUAUGCCUUCAGAUCCAAGCUCUGCUACUGACUAGCUAUGAUCUCAGUUCCUCUGCACCUCAGUUUCCUUCCUGUUAAAUGGGGAUAUCUGCUCUAUCUACUUCAGAGGGCCCUUGUGAGAAUUAAACAUGUGUGAGAGAACCUGUUAAACUUUAAAGUGCUAUAUAAAUUUUAGAGGCAUUAGUUACUGUCCAAGAUGUUGGGUCAGCUGAAGUAAUCUUCAGAAUGUUCCUGGGGAGAAGUCUGGCUCUGAAGUGGAGUUGACACUGUGAGUUCUCCUGAUAGGCUGGGCAUCGGCAGUUCAGGAGCAGAGGACCUUGGCCUUGCCUCCGGGUGGGUUGUGUAUUUGCGUAGAAAUCUGGGAAGUGGCAAGCAAACAAUCCACAGCUCAGCAAGGAAGGAGGCCUGCAGUGAAGAUGAAAGGUGUGGAGGUAUUCACAGGCUGUGGCCCUCAAGGAGCUGCCUUCCCCACUUUUGUGGGGAGCUCCGGUGGGGAAGAGAAGGAGGAUGGCAAAAAAAAAUACACGUGUAAGAAAAUAGUAAAACUGUAAGGCUGUCUUAUGUAUUGUUGGAUUCUGGGAAAUUCGUAUUUUCAUUCUUCUAUGUAUUUUCCAAAUUUUCUAUAAUGAGCAUGUAUUUCUUGGAUCAGAAAAAUAAAACUUUUUUCUUUUAAAAA